GUGCCUCUCUCUCUGUGCCUCUCUCUCUGUGCCUCUCUCUCUGUGCCUCUCUCUCUGUGCCUCUCUCUCUGUGCCUCUCUCUCUGUGCCUCUCUCUCUGUGCCUCUCUCUCUGUGCCUCUCUCUCUGUGCCUCUCUCUCUGUGCCUCUCUCUCUGCCUCUCUCUCCUCUCUCUCUCUGUGCCUCUCUCUGUUCCUCUCUCUCUCCGCCUUGCGAGCACGAGCUCUUUGUGUCGUUCAUCUCUGCACGUCUCCGUGUGUACGCGACUUUUGUAACUUUGCGCGCGUGUGUGUAGUCACUGGUGUGUGUGUGUGUAUCUACUGGUGUGUGUGUGUAUCUACUGGUGUGUGUGUAUCUACUGGUGUGUGUGUGUGUAUCUACUGGUGUGUGUGUGUAUCUACUGGUGUGUGUGUAUCUACUGGUGUGUGUGUGUGUGUGUAUCUACUGGUGUGUGUGUAUCUACUGGUGUGUGUGUGUGUGUGUAUCUACUGGUGUGUGUGUGUAUCUACUGGUGUGUGUGUAUCUACUGGUGUGUGUGUGUGUGUAUCUACUGGUGUGUGUGUGUGUGUAUCUACUGGUGUGUGUGUGUGUAACUACUGGUGUGUGUGUGUGUAUCUACUGGUGUGUGUGUGUAACUACUAGUGUGUGUGUAACUACUGGUGUGUGUGUAGUCACUGGUGUGUGUGUGUGUGUAGUCACUGGUGUGUGUGUGUGUAGCCACUAGUGUGUGUGUAACUACUGGUGUGUGUGUGUAUCUACUGGUGUGUGUGUGUGUAGUCACUGGUGUGUGUGUGUGUGUGUAACUACUGGUGUGUGUGUGUGUGUAACUACUGGUGUGUGUGUGUGUAACUACUGGGGUGUGUGUGUAACUACUGUGUGUGUGUGUGUGUAGUCACUGGUGUGUGUGUGUGUAACUACUGGUGUGUGUGUGUGUAACUACUGGGGUGUGUGUGUGUGUAGCCACUAGUGUGUGUGUGUGUAGCCACUAGUGUGUGUGUGUGUAGUCACUAGUGUGUGUGUGUGUAGUCACUGGUGUGUGUGUGUGUAGUCACUGGUGUGUGUGUGUGUAGUCACUGGUAUGUGUGUGUGUAGCUACUGGGGUGUGUGUGUGUGUAACUACUGGUGUGUGUGUGUGUAGUCACUGGUGUGUUUGUGUGUAACUACUGGUGUGUGUGUGUAGUCACUAGUGUGUGUGUGUGUGUAACUACUGGUGUGUGUGUGUGUGUAGUCACUGGUGCGUGUGUGUGUGUAGUCACUGGUGUGUGUGUAACUACUGGUGUGUGUGUGUGUAGUCACUGGUGUGUGUGUGUAACUACUGGUGUGUGUGUGUGUGUAGUCACUGGUGUGUGUGUGUAUCUACUGGUGUGUGUGUGUGUAACUACUGGUGUGUGUGUAGUCACUGGGGUGUGUGUGUAGUCACUAGUGUGUGUGUAUGUGUGUGUGUAGUCACUGGUGUGUGUGUGUGCGUAACUACUGGUGUGUGUGUGUAUCUACUGGUGUGUGUGUGUGUGUAUCUACUGGUGUGUGUGUGUGUAGCCACUAGUGUGUGUGUGUGUAUCUACUGGUGUGUGUGUGUAACUACUGGUGUGUGUGUGUGUAACUACUGGUGUGUGUGUGUGUGUAGUCACUGGUGUGUGUGUGUGUGUAUCUACUGGUGUGUGUGUGUGUAACUACUGGUGUGUGUGUAGUCACUGGGGUGUGUGUAGCCACUAGUGUGUGUGUGUGUAGCCACUAGUGUGUGUGUGUGUAGCCACUAGUGUGUGUGUAUCUACUGGUGUGUGUGUGUGUAUCUACUGGUGUGUGUGUAGUCACUGGUGUGUGUGUGUGUAGCUACUGGGGUGUGUGUGUGUGUAGCUACUGGGGUGUGUGUGUGUAACUACUGGUGUGUGUGUGUGUAUCUACUGGUGUGUGUGUGUGUCUACUGGUGUGUGUGUAGUCACUGGUGUGUGUGUGUGUAAUUACUGGUGUGUGUGUGUGUGUGGUCACUGGUGUGUGUGUGUAGCUACUGGGGUGUGUGUGUGUGUAACUACUGGGGUGUGCGUGUGUGCUGCCUUCUGUUGUCCGCGUUGCCGUGUGUUCGACAUGGGUGUACAUACCAUGGUUGUGUGUAUCUCCGUGUGUGUGUGUACACAUUGUGAGUGGGGACACUUUGUGUAACUUUGUAUACAUGUGUAUGUAUAGCUGCUCUGUGUGUAUGUUCUGUAUGUAUAGAUGCUCUGUGUGUAUGUCUCUGUGUGUAACUCUUCACGUCUCUGUGUGUAACUCGACACGUCUCUCUGUGUGUCUCUCUGCAAGUCGUCUCUGUGUGUAACUCUCUGCACGCCUCUGUGUGUGUAACUCGACACGUCUCUGUGUGUAACUCGACACGUCUCUGUGUGUAACUCGACACGUCUCUGUGUGUGUGUGUGUGUCUCUGCAAGUCGUCUCUGUGUGUAAUGACACACGAGGAUCCGUGGCUCGAGUUUGAGCCCCGAAUCGCAGCCUCUCCCGCCCGUACAGGACCGGCGUGGUCGCGGUGACGGUCGCGGUGACGGUGACGGUCUCGGCCACGCUGAGCUCAGCGCCGCCGCCGCCGCCAGCGCCCGGAGCCGGCGGGGAGGCGCCAGCAGUCGGUGACAUGGAGAUUUACUGCAUCGUCAUCGCGUUCAUCGUGGUCAAGGUGCUCUUCUACGUGUGCUGGUACCGCUCGCGGCAGCGCCAGCUGCACGCCUUCCUGCACGACCCCGACCACGCGCGCAUCCUCAUCAUCGGCGGUCGCCCCUACGCACACCCCGCCAACCAGCGGCACACGAGCCGCGUGUGGUACAAUUGGUACUCGGCGAGGGAGGACGGCUCCCCGGGCUCUCCCUCGCGCUCGCUCACCCCGGCGCCCUCCUACAGCCAGCUGGAGCCGCCACCGCCACCCUAUGAUGCCAUCGUCCGCCCGCACGGGAGCGGCGAGCUGAAGCCGCCCCCGUACAGCGAGUGCGUCGCGGCGCUGCUGCCCGCCGACGACGCCGACGCCGCUCGGAUUGCCGGAGAGGCCGAGGCCUCGCCGCCACCGCCACACGCCGCCAUCGCCGCCAUCGCCGAUGCCGACAGCGACGACGACGACGACUACACGGACGCUCCUCCUCCUCCGUACUCGGCACACGCCGACAGCAGCGCCAGCACCGCCGUCAACGGCACCGCCACCACUGAUCCUGUCGACGCCGCCGCCACCACCACCGGACCCAUCGCCACGAACGGCGGUAACGCCGCCCUUGUCUCAACCAACUCCACCACCAACACCACCGCCAUCAACACCACCCCCACUACUGAAGCCGUCGACAGCACAACCACCGCCACCACCGCAACCAGCGUGCCCAUCGCCACGAGCGGCGAUAACGCCGCCCUUGUCUCAACCACCACCACCACCAACACCACCCCCAACCACAACCGCACCACCGACACCAACGCAACCCUCGCGUCUUCCACGCCCACCACGCCCACCGCCGUCGCCUCCAUCGUCAACUCCGCGACCGCUGACGACGGAGAAACGCGGCCAUCUCAAGACGGCGGCGACGACGACAACCGCCUCCACGAGGACCCAGCGGUGGCGGUGGUGGUGGCGCGACACACGACCAGACCCCUCCUCCUCCGCCCCCUCCGUGCCGGGGAGCAGCCGCUGUGAGGAGCAAUCGGGGACCCCCCAGGGACCCCCAGGGAACCCUCAGGGACCCACUUGGGACCCCCUUUAGGACCCCCCCAGAGACCCCCUUGGGACCCCAGAGACCCCACAGGGACCCUACCAGGGACCCCCCAGGGACUCCACCAGGGACCCCACCAGGGACCCCCCUUAAGGACCCCCCAGAGACCCCCUUGGGACUUCCCUAGGGACCCCCCCAGGGACCCCACCAGGGACCCCCCAGGGAACCACAUAGGUGACCCCCAUAGGGACCCCCAAUCCACCCAGGGUUUACUUUGGACAGAGCGGUGGUGGUGGCGGUGGCGGUGGUGGCCAUUACAAACCCCGCACUUGCAGCGUGCUCAUGGGUGUCUCGUGAGCGAUGUGCGGAGAGACGCGAUGGCGGCUACUCUCGCGAACUCGUGGGGGGGGGACGUAGAGCAAGAAGGUUGGGGGUGCUGCAAUCCGCUGAACCCACCAAAAAAACCUACAACAACAAAAAACCUACAACAACAAAAAACCUACAGCAACAAAAAACCCGCAACCGCUCACGCCAACGGGGUUGCCGAUGUAUCCCGAGCAGGACUCUCCUGAAGAGAGAGAAAGAAACCCCGCCACCCACGCGCUGGGCCGCGGUUAUUUCCCGCGACGACUUCACCGCCGUCACCACCGCCACCGCCACCACCACCACCGCCACCACCACCACCGCCACCACCGCCAC